AUGUCAAAAAGAAGUAAUCUCUCCAUUUCUGAGAAGCAAAAAAUUUGUGAAUACAAACAGAGCUGUCCAAAUACCUCACAGCAAAGCAUUUCAAGUCAUUUUUCUAUAAUGUGGAAAAAACCCAUCAGCCGACGAUGUAUUGGAGACAUCUUAUGCCAUAAAGAAAGAUGGUUUAAUGUUGAUGAUGCACGAAUGGAUGCAAUACGAAUGAAAUCUGCUAAACAUGAGAAGUUGGAAGAUGCUUUAUACACUUGGAUUAUGCAGAUGACUGCCAAAAAUGCUACAAUAACAGGGGAUACAAUCAGAGAACAUGCUAAAAUUUUUGGGCAGCAAAUGAAUAUUACUGAUUUUGAACAUAGCAACGGUUGGCUGAAUAGAUUUAAAAAACGUCGUGGUCUUUCUCAACACAUAAGAUCUGGUGAAACUGCCAACGUUGAUCCAACUAUUGCGACAAAGGGCAGGGAAAAAUUACGAGCCAUAAUUUCCCAAUAUGCUGUUGCUGAUGUCUACAACAUGGAUGAGAGUGGACUUUUUUAUCGUUUGCAACCAGAUAAAAUAUUAUCAAAUGGAGCCGUUAAAGGAUGUAAAAAAGCAAAAGACCGGGUAUCACUUGUAUUUUGCACAAAUGUAGAUGGUUCGGAUAAGAGAACUGUAUCGGUUAUAGGUAAAGCAGCAAAGCCUAGAUGCUUUAAAAAUUUCAAUCCCGCUUUGUACGUCGAUUACGAUAGUCAUCCGAAAAGCAUGGAUGACUGCCAUUUUAUUUCAAAAAUGGUUGAAAUCGUUUAA